UCUGAUCUUUGCUCAUAGGUUUCCCGCACCCGGAGCGUGGACCGAGAGCAGCCCAGGAGACAGGAGCCACCGCCCCUGACCAUGUAGAUGCCAGCUCUGGGGAGCAGCAUGGGCCCCACUGAAUGGAGACUCCUGGGUCUACAGCCCUGAGCCCCUCCAGCCCCUGGACCUCGCCCCACACCCGGGGACGCCCCUUGGAGCCCAGCACCACAGUCGCCAGCCCACCUCAGCCACCCCCGGGGGUCAGCCACCAGGAGCCACAGCCGUCCAGUGAGGUUGUGCUGAGGACAGCCGCACAGCGCCAUCGCCUGACUGCCUCUUGUCCAGUGGUGACCCUCGGGCACACCCCGAGCAGGGACUGCAGCAAACAUGGGUGACAUGACCAACAGCGACUUUUACUCCAAAAACCAAAGAAAUGAGUCGAGCCAUGGGGGCGAGUUUGGGUGCACGAUGGAGGAGCUGCGCUCCCUCAUGGAGCUGCGGGGCACGGAGGCCGUGGUCAAAAUCAAGGAGACCUAUGGGGACACUGACGCCAUCUGUCGGCGCCUCAAAACCUCAUCUGUCGAAGGUUUGCCAGGCACUGCUCCAGACCUGGAAAAGAGAAAGCAGAUUUUUGGGCAAAAUUUUAUACCUCCAAAGAAGCCAAAAACCUUCCUGCAGCUCGUGUGGGAGGCGCUGCAAGACGUGACGCUGAUCAUCCUAGAAAUCGCGGCCAUCAUCUCCCUGGGGCUUUCCUUCUACCACCCGCCCGGCGAGAGCAAUGAAGGAUGUGCCACGGCGCAGGGCGGGGCAGAGGAUGAAGGGGAGGCGGAGGCGGGCUGGAUCGAGGGGGCCGCCAUCCUCCUCUCGGUCAUCUGUGUGGUCCUGGUCACAGCCUUCAAUGACUGGAGCAAAGAGAAACAGUUCCGGGGCCUGCAGAGCCGCAUCGAGCAGGAGCAGAAGUUCACCGUGGUCCGGGCUGGCCAGGUUGUCCAGAUCCCUGUGGCUGAGAUCGUGGUUGGGGACAUCGCCCAGGUCAAAUAUGGCGACCUCCUCCCUGCUGAUGGCCUCUUCAUCCAGGGCAAUGACCUCAAGAUUGAUGAGAGCUCCCUGACGGGGGAGUCUGACCAGGUGCGCAAGUCUGUGGACAAGGACCCCAUGCUGCUGUCAGGGACCCACGUGAUGGAGGGCUCUGGACGGAUGGUGGUGACCGCCGUGGGCGUGAACUCUCAGACCGGCAUUAUCUUUACCCUGCUGGGGGCCGGUGGUGAGGAGGAAGAGAAGAAAGACAAGAAAGGUGUGAAGAAGGGGGAUGGCCUUCAGCUACCAGCGGCCGAUGGUGCGGCAGGUUCAAAUGCUGCAGAUAGUGCAAAUGCCAGCCUAGUCAAUGGUAAAAUGCAGGAUGGCAAUGUGGACGCCAGCCAGAGCAAAGCCAAACAGCAGGACGGGGCAGCCGCCAUGGAGAUGCAGCCCCUCAAGAGUGCCGAGGGAGGCGAUGCCGACGACAAAAAGAAGGCCAAUAUGCACAAGAAGGAGAAGUCGGUGCUGCAGGGCAAGCUCACCAAGCUGGCGGUGCAGAUCGGCAAGGCCGGCCUGGUGAUGUCGGCCAUCACCGUGAUCAUCCUGGUGCUCUACUUCACCGUGGACACCUUCGUGGUCAACAAGAAGCCGUGGCUCCCCGAGUGCACACCCGUCUACGUGCAGUACUUCGUCAAGUUCUUCAUCAUUGGCGUGACGGUGCUGGUGGUCGCCGUGCCCGAGGGGCUCCCUCUGGCUGUCACCAUCUCGCUGGCCUACUCAGUGAAGAAAAUGAUGAAGGACAACAACCUGGUCCGCCACCUGGACGCCUGCGAGACCAUGGGCAAUGCCACGGCCAUCUGCUCGGACAAGACAGGCACGCUCACCACCAACCGCAUGACAGUGGUGCAGGCCUACGUGGGCGACGUCCACUACAAGGAGAUCCCCGACCCCAGCUCCAUCAAUGCCAAGACCAUGGAGCUGCUGGUCAAUGCCAUCGCCAUCAACAGCGCCUACACCACCAAGAUUCUGGUAGGUGGUACAGCCUCCGCCAGAGGGGACGCCGUCCGGUGGGGCGGCACAGCAGCACUGGCAGGGGGAGCAGUGAGCCGCCAGCAGCUCUAUCCAAUCUGGGAGAAGAGCAUGAGUCAGCAGCGAGCAGCAGAGGAUGGGGGCUUCCAGCAAUGGCCCGUCUACGCCCAGAGGAAUCCUGAGAAGAGUCAGGGGCUGCUCGGUAGAGGGUGGAAGUCCAGCCAGCCUCCAGACCAGGCUCAGAAAUCUAGACGGCAGAACAUCCUCACCAUGCAAGAGGAGUGUGGCCUCCUGGGCUUCGUGCUGGACCUGAAGCAGGACUAUGAGCCUGUGCGCAGCCAGAUGCCGGAGGAGAAGCUGUACAAGGUGUAUACCUUCAACUCGGUGCGCAAGUCCAUGAGCACCGUCAUCAAGAUGCCGGACGAGAGCUUCCGCAUGUACAGCAAGGGCGCUUCUGAGAUCGUGCUCAAGAAGUGCUGCAAAAUCCUCAACGGAGCUGGUGAGCCCCGGGUCUUCCGGCCCCGCGACCGGGACGAGAUGGUAAAGAAGGUGAUUGAGCCCAUGGCCUGUGACGGGCUUCGCACCAUCUGCGUGGCCUACCGCGACUUCCCCAGCAGCCCCGAGCCCGACUGGGACAACGAGAAUGACAUCCUCAGUGACCUCACCUGCAUCUGCGUGGUGGGCAUCGAGGACCCCGUGCGGCCUGAGGUCCCGGAAGCCAUCCGCAAGUGCCAGCGAGCAGGCAUCACGGUCCGCAUGGUCACCGGUGACAAUAUCAACACAGCCCGGGCCAUUGCCAUCAAAUGUGGCAUCAUCCAUCCUGGGGAGGACUUCCUCUGCCUCGAGGGCAAAGAGUUCAACCGGAGAAUCCGCAAUGAGAAAGGGGAGAUUGAGCAGGAGCGAAUCGACAAGAUCUGGCCAAAGCUGCGGGUGCUGGCUCGCUCCUCCCCCACGGACAAGCAUACCCUGGUCAAAGGCAUCAUCGACAGCACACACACAGAGCAGCGGCAGGUGGUGGCCGUGACGGGAGACGGCACCAACGAUGGGCCUGCGCUCAAGAAGGCUGACGUGGGCUUCGCCAUGGGCAUCGCAGGCACAGACGUGGCCAAGGAGGCCUCCGACAUCAUCUUGACGGACGACAACUUCAGCAGCAUCGUCAAGGCGGUGAUGUGGGGCCGCAACGUCUAUGACAGCAUCUCCAAGUUCCUACAGUUCCAGCUGACAGUCAACGUGGUGGCUGUGAUCGUGGCCUUCACGGGCGCCUGCAUCACGCAGGACUCCCCUCUGAAGGCCGUGCAGAUGCUCUGGGUGAACCUCAUCAUGGACACGUUCGCCUCGCUGGCACUGGCCACCGAGCCGCCCACCGAGACCCUGCUGCUGAGGAAGCCGUACGGCCGCAACAAGCCCCUCAUCUCGCGGACCAUGAUGAAGAACAUCCUGGGCCACGCUGUCUACCAACUCACCCUCAUCUUCACCCUGCUCUUCGUUGGUGAGAAGAUGUUCCAGAUCGACAGUGGGAGGAACGCGCCCCUGCACUCGCCACCCUCCGAGCACUACACCAUCAUCUUCAACACGUUCGUCAUGAUGCAGCUCUUCAACGAGAUCAACGCCCGCAAGAUCCACGGCGAGCGCAACGUCUUCGACGGCAUCUUCCGGAACCCCAUCUUCUGCACCAUCGUGCUGGGCACCUUCGCCAUCCAGAUAGUGAUCGUGCAGUUUGGAGGGAAGCCGUUCAGCUGCUCUCCGCUGCAGCUGGACCAGUGGAUGUGGUGCAUAUUCAUCGGGCUAGGAGAGCUUGUCUGGGGCCAGGUCAUCGCCACCAUCCCAACCAGCAGGCUUAAGUUCCUCAAGGAGGCAGGGAGGCUCACGCAGAAGGAGGAGAUCCCAGAGGAGGAGCUCAACGAGGACGUGGAGGAGAUAGACCACGCCGAGCGGGAGCUGCGGCGGGGCCAGAUCCUGUGGUUCCGAGGCCUGAAUCGGAUCCAGACCCAGAUUGAAGUAGUCAAUACUUUCAAGAGCGGGGCCUCCUUUCAGGGCGCCCUGAGGAGACAGUCCUCCGUCACCAGCCAGAGCCAGGACAUCCGCGUCGUGAAGGCGUUCCGUAGCUCUCUCUAUGAAGGUCUAGAAAAGCCUGAGUCUCGAACCUCCAUCCAUAAUUUCAUGGCUCAUCCUGAAUUCCGGAUCGAAGAUUCCCAGCCCCACAUCCCCCUCAUUGACGACACCGACCUGGAAGAGGAUGCCGCGCUCAAGCAGAACUCCAGCCCGCCGUCCUCGCUCAACAAGAACAACAGCGCCAUCGACAGCGGGAUCAACCUGACGACCGACACAAGCAAAUCAGCUACCUCUUCAAGUCCAGGGAGCCCCAUCCACAGCCUGGAGACGUCGCUUUAGCUGAGGCCCCCGCCGCCGCCCCCCCCGGGCCCCGCCCACCCAGGCCCCCGACUCACCCACGCAGCAGCGAGCAACACGGAAACCAAAUAACUGGCGAGAAAACCGUUUCCACCCAACAGACCCUUUUUCUGGCUGCGAUGCUGUUUGAACUCUUUUUCACUUUGAGGCAAGGGCGGGAUCUCCUCCUGGGUGGGGGGUGGGGCGCUUAAGGGAGUGAGCGGUUUCCCCAGAACAAGCCCGUCCUGGCUCCGCCCGACCCGGACCAGCCACGCACCCGCCAGCGCCAGUCCCCUGCAUGAAUGUACCGCACACUUCCGGUCCUCCCCUUGUUUGUUUUUGGGGGGGGUGGGGAGGGGUGGUUUUUGUUUGUUUGUUUGUUUUCUUAGGCGGGAACUGCAAACAGACUCUUUUCUGAGACUAUCUAUCCAAUCCACUGGUCUGUGAGUUUUUGAAAUGCUUGCGCAGCAUGGUCUCAGUUGUAUAGGUUAAUUUAACAACUUUUUGAAAUUGCAGAGCUUAACUCGCCUAGUCAAUUUGCACCAAUGGAACCGAAGAACUUCAGACACUCACAAGGUUAUAUCCAUUUCUUUGUAUCUAUAUCAACGUAUACUUCUCCAAGACUGUAUACGUCCAUAUAGAUAGGUAGAGAUAUAUAUAUAUAUAUAAAUAUAUAUACAUGGAUAUAUAAAGUUUCUUUGCCGGCAUGUUGCCUUGUUUCCGCUUAAAUUGCUCUAUUUUAACUUAUUUAUGUCCUAAAAGAAGAAUGUAAUUUGUUUACAAACCUGUAGAUAGCGUCUUUGGCUAUUUGUACGGUUUAAGGACACUGGUGGCUGAGAUGCUAGAAAACACAGCUCAGCCCGACAGACACCUCCCUGGAUUGCAUCCUUGAUGUUUUAUGAUAGCCAUGCUCUGAUUUUUGCCUGCUCUUUCCGUUCGAUAACGUCACUACCGCGGGAGGCUCAGGCAGAAGCCAGAUGUCAGCGAGUAUCCAUCCAUGAGGGGUCCAACAGCAUGCUCUGUAGACAAAGGGAGAGGAGGAGAGAAGGCUUCCGGGUUCCAAGCACUAACAGCCAGCCCGGCCCCAGGACGACGGGGUCCGCAAAGCCCGGGGUGAAGACUUUUCUCUCAAUGAAACUCACUUGAGUUUACUAAGAGCAUUUCACAAAGAGGUUCUCUCUGGCACUGCCGGUACAGAGAUUGAGGUAGUGUUGCAAUAUUAUAAAUGCUAUUGUGUUCAUUUUCUUUUUCAGUUAGUAAUUUAGGGGCUUAUUUCCUUAUGAAUUGCAGCGUAUGAGCUGUGGGCAUAGGGGAUGAGGUUCAUUCUGGCGUGCUGCUUUUAUUUUUAUGUUUGAAGAACAGCCUUUUUCUCUGCACUAUUUAGAUCCGUACUAACCUUAUGAUGUGUAUAUUGAGAUGUAUUCAGUGUGAUUUUUUUAAACCAAAUUGUCUUCCUGUAGUCGCAAUAUAUACUGUAGCCUUUUAACAGCAAGUCUUGCUUUCCCAGACAGAAAGCCAUUCUGAAACCCUGCAGUAUCACAGGUGAGAAAAGGUGGUUAUCUUCCCCCAAGACAAUAACAGCACUAGUAACCCCACUUAGUAAGAGCUUAUUUAAUUGUAUGUCAGCCUCUUAACUGCUCAGCACUUUGUGGGUAUCAGCUUUUUUCAUAAAAGAACUUUUGUAUUUAAUACAAAGUUUGCUUUGAGACUUUUCAGCAUACGAUCUUUUUCCAUAAACUUGUACAGUGCAAAAGACAUUUUGAAUACCAUGAUCAAUGAUGUCCCAUGCUUCAAGGAAAACCAAACACUUCCCACCUCGCUUGCGAAAUGCAUUCUUCAUUCUCCUCCUUUCCACAGUUGCUGGGUCAGCCCGGGCCCUUCCCUUCUGCAGGCCCAGAGAAUUCUUCCACACACAAGAUGAGAGCCACUUGGGAAAAGAGCCAUAGUCACCUGGGAGGGUCUGCGUCUGGACGGCUGUGGAGAAACCCGAGGGUUUGGGAUUCCAAGUCAGCCCAUUCUACCUGGCAAAACCUUCCUGGAAGGAGGACCUUCUUUGCGCAAGAGCAUCUCCUGAAUGUCGUGAAGAAAUAUCUCUGAAUGUAUGUACCCAUCAGAGGAAACGGCAUCCCCCGAGGGGUGACCAGCCCUCAGAUACGUUUCUUGGAUUCCAGUACCGACACCACCAAUACCACCCACUGCUCUCCUGCAAGAAAGAAAAGAUCAGUUCAUGUCAAACACGGGGCAGCCUUGGCACAUGGUGGUUUUUGUAGUUUCCUCUUUUGCGGUUUUCCAUCUCCCCCUUUCUUCCAGCCUUGUGUCCAUGACCUCAUCCCAUGACACCAGGAGAGCUCCACUUGCACAUGAUGCUCCCUGUUCAUUUGGAGCCAGGAUGCAAGGACGCCAGGAAGCCGGGAGGGGUCUCCCUGAGCGGGGCUCAGCUCAGGAGGAUGGGGAGCGACAGAAGCUACCGAGAACGCCCGACGUCCGUGUUGGCCUUCUCUGGUCAGGAGUGCUGGAUGCUCACACACGUACACACACACACCCUCACCCUCACACAUGCACACAGACGUCCACACACACAGGAAAUGAGUGGUUUGUCAGCACUCACUGUAGUACAUACAGCUUGCACUCUGCGUCCUAUAUCUAGCAGCAUGGGGUACGUUUGGCAGUUCACCCCAGUAGGGGGUAGAUAAUUUAUGACCAUUCAUCUGUUUUUAUGAAUUUUUUUAUCUAGACGAUAACUGUAAAUAAAGAACUCACCAUCUCUGUUCAUUUA